CAGCCUGGAGAGUAGGCGGAGCGGGGCGGCGCGGCGCUGGAGGACGAUGGUGGCUGAGCUGCUGGGGGCGGAGGCUCCGUAGCCCCCACGGAAAAGGAGCCGGGCGCCGCCUGCCCAGCCGAGCCGAGGAUGGAGAGCCGGCCGGGGUCCUACCAGUACGUCCCGGUGCAGCUGCAAGGGGGGGCGCCCUGGGGCUUCACCCUGAAGGGGGGCUUGGAGCACUGCGAGCCGCUCACGGUGUCGAAGAUCGAAGAUGGAGGCAAGGCAGCCUUGUCCCAGAAGAUGCGAACUGGUGAUGAGCUGGUGAAUAUCAAUGGCACUCCGUUGUAUGGUUCCCGCCAAGAGGCCCUGAUUCUUAUCAAAGGCUCCUUCAGGAUCCUCAAGCUGAUUGUCAGGAGGAGAAACACCCCUGUCAGUAGGCCGCACUCAUGGCAUGUGGCCAAGCUGUUGGAGGGGUGCCCUGAAGCGGCCACCACCAUGCAUUUCCCUUCUGAAGCCUUCAGCUUAUCCUGGCAUUCCGGUUGCAACACAAGUGACGUGUCUGUACAGUGGUGUCCCCUGUCCCGGCAUUGCAGCACUGAGAAAAGCAGCUCUAUUGGCAGCAUGGAAAGCCUGGAACAGCCAGGCCAAGCUAACUACGAGGGCCACCUCUUGCCAAUUGACCAGAAUAUGUACCCCAGCCAGCGUGACUCAGCCUACAGCUCCUUCUCAGCCAGCUCAAAUGCUUCUGACUGUGCCCUUUCCCUUAAACCAGAGGAAGCACCCUCCUCAGACUGUGCCAUGUCAGGCCUAGGGCCAACUAAAGUCACUGAUGACCGAUCUAAUGUAUCUGAGACCUCAGGAAGUAGCCACAGUACCAGUGGAGGUCAUGUGACCUCUGCAUCAUCCUGCCCAGAAGAGGGCCACCACUCAGGACCUGCCACGGUGGCCCAGGGUCCACCAGAGCCUCCAGUAAGGCGAGACAGCCUUCAGGCCUCUAGGGCCCAACUUCUCAAUGGAGAGCAGUGCCUUGUGUCUGAACCUGUGGACUCCUUACAACAGGAGAAACCAGACGUAGAGAUGGUGCUCCCCCCAAAGAACCCUAAUGAGUUCUUCUGCCUUAGUGGGCAAGACCAAAUGACAGAUGAAGACCACCAGAGCUGUGAACUCAGCAAGCCUUCUGAAUCCAGCCAGGACGACUCUGAGCAUCUACUGAUAGAGGGCUCCUCCAAAGCUUUUGGUUCCCCAAAAGCUCACGAUAAAGGUUCCAGCAGAGAGUUCAGCCUGCUUAAGGAGGCUUCAGCCAGUUUGGCUAACACGUUGUCCUUUGGUGCUGUUCCACACCUCCGAGGAAACGCAGAGCAUCGGCAUAGUGCUCCUGAGCAGCUGUUGGCAUCCCACUUGCAGCAGGUGCACCUUGAUUCCAGAGGCAGCAAGGGGAUGGAGGAUGGACACCAGUGGACUGUGUCCCCUUUGCACAACAACCCUAAGGGGAAGAAAAGUCCAGGUCUCCCCCCAGGAAGCAGCCAGGACCAACCCAACAAAGAAAGGAAGGCCAGGCCCACAGAUGAGAAGCUGAUGGGUUCUGUACAGCCGAGCCCAAGUGGUUCCCCCCUUGAAGAGGUUGAUGGACACCCAUCAGAACGAUCUUACCUAGACCCAAACCGAGCAAGCAGAGCGAGCAGUGACUUGACUAGCCAGCAGCCCUCUGCCACUUGCUCCCCUGUGCAACAAACCAGAGAGUUCUUUUCAACCCCUAAAGUAGCGGGUACAACAGAAACAACUGAAGAAGGUGACAGUGAGCCCAAGGAGUGUGGCCAGUUGGGUGGCAGAAGAAGUGGAGGCUCCCGGGGCCGCUCUAUCCAAAACCGGCGGAAGAGCGAGAGAUUUGCUACCAAUCUCCGUAAUGAAAUUCAGAGGAGGAAAGCCCAGCUUCAGAAAAGUAAGGGCCCAUUGUCACAAUUGUGUGACACUAAGGAACCAGUGCAAGAAAUCCAAGAGCCUCUAGAAAGCCCGCCGCUCUCUGCUUCGAACUCGCCUCCUCUAUCUUCAUAUAAGAAAGCCCCUAUCCCUGCAAAGAAGCCCUUCAACAGAAGCAUGAUUCUCAGGGCAAGAUCUUCAGAAUGCCUCAGCCAAGUACCAGAGAGCUCCAAAGCUAGGCUUGCUUUAGAGGAAAGAACAAGCCCUGGCCAGAGGUCUGGCCAGCCUUCUGCGGGCCCAAACACCUGGUGGAAGGCAUCGGACUCACCCUCCUUAAACACGGAGAAAGCGAAUGCUCACCAUGGGGUCUGUGGAGGUCACUGGAGAUGGUCUCCAGAGCAUAACCCACAGCGACAUGUGGCCCUCUCCACAGAAGGUCCUUCCAGCCUAGAUGACAACAAAGAAUUGAAGACUGCUCAAGCUGAGGAGGAAGCUGUCCUCUUGCCAUUUGCAGACCGAAGAAAGUUCUUUGAAGAGAGCAGCAAAUCUCUGUCUACAUCUCAUUUGCCAGGCUUAGCUACGCAUGGCAGCAAGACUUUUACCCAGAGACCAAAACCUAUAGACCACAACUUCCAGUCAGUGAGCUAUCGGGAACUAAGAUGCCAUCCCCCGGACCAAACAUAUCAUUCCACAGAACAACAGUGCCAUGCUGCAGACCAAUCAUAUCAUUCACCACAUCAGUCAGAAACUCCCACUUACCCAGAAUGUUUUGCCACCAAAGGCCUGGAAAAUUCCCUGUGCUGUAAGGCACUGCACUGUGGGGAUUUUGAUCACCACAGGACCUGUUCUUGUCCCUGCAAUGCUCAGGGCCCUGUAAUGCAUGAUCCUCACAUGUAUUGCUCUGGAGAAAUCUGCCCUGCCUUGCUAAAGAGAAACUUGUUGCCAAACUGCCACAACUAUAGGUGCCACCACCACCAGUGCAUCCGGCAUACAGCCUGCUAUCAUAGUCCUCAGCAUGGUGCCCUCGAGGACAGCAGCGUGGCACCUGGCAAUGCUUGGAAAUCCAGAAAGGCAGCAAUACAGGAAUUUCCUGUGGACAAGUGGAAGCCAAUAACAGGAAACAGGAAAGCUACUCAUUCAGGGAGGGAAAUGGCUCAUUCUAAGGCCAGCUUGUCCCGGUCUACUCCCUUCCAUCCUUGCCAUGAGAACCCACCACUGGACUUGUCAAACCACCGAGCAGUCUCUUCCCUCGACCUCCUUGGAGACUUCAAAAGCAAACCAGAGGAAAGUUCAGUUUAUGAAGAUGGGAGCUCCAUUGCCUCCAUGCCCCGCCCACUGCGCAGCCGAGCCUUCUCAGAGAGUCACAUCAGCUUCGAGCCUCAAAACACCCGGGCCUGGGGGAAGCCUCAGAGGGAACCGUUUCCUAAAGGCAACGAGACUCAGCCAGACCAUCUAGGGGCAAGGAAGAAGCCUUUUCCUCCCCCUCGCCCUCCUCCUCCCAACUGGGAAAAAUAUAGGCUCUUCCGGGCAGCGCAGCAGCAGCAACAACAACAGCAACAGCAACAACAGCGAUGUGAGGAGGAAGAAGAGGAAGAGGAGGAACAAGGACAGGAGGAGGAGGGAGGAAAAGAAGAAGACGUACUACCCCGGUAUUUUAGUUCAGAAACCACUGGUUCCUGGACCCCUGAUCCAGCCGAGGGCUUGGAGCAGCCACAGCCCAUGAAGAUGGGCCAUCGAGAGGCUUCAAGGCAGGGGUCCCAGAGCAUCCCAGAGCAAGAAGCCUUGGCUCUGCAUCCCAGUGAUUGCACACCUCCAGCCAGGGGCCGCGUCGGAGCCCAGCCUGAGAGAGCUCAACCUCCUUGCUAUUAUGGCACUCAUGGAAUAUGGAGGACAACUGAGCAGGAAGCUACUGUGACCCCAAAACAAGAAUUUCGACAGUUCUCACCUCCUCCGGGGGGCCCAGGAGUCCCUAGCUCUUAUUCGGCCUACUAUAACAUCUCUGUGGCCAAGGCAGAACUGCUGAAUAAAUUAAAGGAGCAGCCUGAGAUGGCAGAGGUGGGCCUGGGAGACGAGGUCGUUGACUAUGAACUGGCUCAAAAAAAGCUCCAGCUCAUUGAAAGCAUUGGUCGGAAACUUUCAGUCCUGCGGGAGGCCCAGCGAGGGCUAGUGGAUGACAUCAAUGCCAACGCUGCCCUUGGGGAGGAGGUGGAGGCCACCUUAAAGGCUGUCUGCAAGCCCAAUGAGCUUGAAAAGUAUCAUUUGUUUAUUGGAGACCUGGACAAAGUGGUCAACCUGUUGCUGUCACUCUCUGGACGACUGGCCCGGGUGGAGAAUGCUCUCAACAGCAUCGAUUCAGAGGCCAACCAAGAGAAGUUGGUGCUGAUAGAGAAGAAACAGCAGCUGACGAGCCAGUUGGCAGAUGCCAAGGAGCUGAAGGAGCACGUGGACCACAGGGAGAAGCUGGUGUUCGGCAUGGUCUCCCGCUACCUGCCUCAGGACCAGCUCCAAGAUUACCAGCACUUUGUGAAGAUGAAAUCUGCUCUCAUCAUUGAACAGCGAGAACUGGAGGAGAAGAUCAAACUUGGGGAAGAGCAGCUGAGAUGCCUCAAAGAGAGCCUGCACUUGGGGCCCAGUAAUUUCUAAUUCUACCAGGCGUGUGCCACUGCAUGACUGCCCAUGCACAGUGCAAAGUGCUUUCAAUCUUCAAUAGCCAUUUGGUAGCCAAGUAUAUAAAAAUGACUUAACAGAUGGUUCCGGCCAUCUAUCUCUACCUUGGCUAACCAUCAAGGAGAGCCUGCAAGGGCCCUAAGCUUCUACCUUACAGAGUCACAGCAAGGUGUGGCCAUGCUACCAUGCUCUCUCCCAGUGAGUGGGAACCGAAAAGUGCCUUCAUCUCUGUCCUAAGACACCAAAGACUCCACAAACUCUCCCUCGCACACACUACCCUCCUUAAGGUUCAAAGCUGAUCUGUCUGUGCAAUGUUUCCUCUUCCCUAGGGCUAGUGAGCUAGCUAGCCGUUGUCUGCCCAGAUUUGUUGACUUCAAUACAUUCACCUCAAACCAGUUUCAGGACCUCGCCCCAACUUCGCAGCAGGAGACACCGAAGGGGAGACUGUAUACAACAGGCACAAGCGUGGGGUAUACCUGUAUUCUCUCUCCCCUCCAGUAAUAGCCAGGCUUAAACAAAGUGGCUCCAUGUCUACCCUCCCCGACAGCUAGUCAACAGCCUUCUUACUGUGGCCCUCAGCCUGUCUCCACAUGAUAGACCUGCUGCCUUAUAGCGUGUCUGGCUGUGAUGUCUCGAGCAGUCACACGCCGGGGCUUCACUCUCUGAUCCUUUAGUAUCUCAAUUCCAGCUUCCUGAUUGGGAGAGAGUAUUCUUAUUAUACUUUAAAUCACCUUUGGUUGGUUUGUUUUGAGAUGUAUGUUUUCUUUUUCUGGUUUGAACUAAUGAGGCGAGAAAAAAAAUAAGUUAGAGAGGGGGAAGUCAGCCAGACGGAAAACAUAAGCCUGAGUCCGCCCUGGCUACGUAAGCAAGUGCCAAGGUAUUGAAUUCCUCCCCAUAGCUUUAAGUCUCUAAGAGAUGUCUCCCCUUGAAUUCAUAGCCUCCCUACCGUUGCUUGGCUAUGUAUUUCCCUGGGGUCUGGGUGACUAUAACCUUAACGUU